AUGGCUCCUGCCAUACCGACCACGGUGGACGAACUGCCCUCCACAGCGGAAGUCAAGGAACAAGUCAAAGAGAAAGCAAAGGGUGCUGCCUCAGGAUUAAGAUCUUUGGCAGCCGGUGGGGUCGGCGGUAUCUGCGCAGUCGUUGUCGGCCAUCCCUUUGAUUUGGUCAAGGUGCGGUUACAGACAGCUGAAAAGGGUGUUUAUACCGGAGCGAUCGAUGUUGUGAAAAGGACCAUUGCGCGCGAAGGUCUAUCUCGUGGCCUAUAUGCUGGUGUCUCUGCUCCCUUGGUCGGCGUCACUCCUAUGUUCGCCGUGAGCUUCUGGGGCUACGAUAUGGGAAAACGCCUCGUCGACAACUUCUCCACCGUUCCCAUCAAGAACAACACUCCUCAGUACAGUAUUGGCCAAAUCAGUGCUGCUGGCUUCUUCUCCGCCAUUCCCAUGACACUUAUCACCGCGCCUUUCGAGCGAGUCAAAGUCCUCCUACAAAUCCAAGGCCAGAAGCACCUCGCACCAGGCGAGAAACCAAAAUACAGCGGUGGUGUCGAUGUUGUGAGGCAACUAUACAAGGAAGGCGGUGUUCGCUCCGUCUUCCGUGGCAGCGCGAUGACCCUGGCUCGUGACGGACCCGGUUCUGCCGCUUACUUCGCCGUCUACGAGUACGUCAAGCGCAGUCUGAGCCCCAAGGACGCGGAAGGCAAUGCCACAGGUGAGCUGAGCCUUCCCGCAGUCAUGACUGCCGGUGGUGCUGCAGGUGUCGCCAUGUGGAUUCCAGUCUUCCCCGUUGACACCAUCAAGUCGAGGCUACAGUCGGCCGAAGGGCGACCGACCAUCGGCGGCACAAUUCGAGGUGUCUAUGCAAAUGGAGGAAUCAAGGCUUUCUUCCCUGGAUUUGGUCCGGCGCUGGCAAGAGCCAUCCCUGCCAACGCGGCUACCUUCCUGGGCGUGGAACUGGCUCACAAAGCUAUGAACAAGGCAUUCGGAUGA